AUGUCAGCGUGGAGAAACGACAGUUAUGAUAUUGGGACAGCUGGAGGCUGGAAUGAUGUCAGCUAUUCAGCUACUGAAGCGUCAUCAGAAAUUUCACCACCGGAUGGCAAAUUUGUGGUACCAGUCUUGAUAACUUACUUAAACCGGAACACUGACCCAAAUGAAGAAAAAGUAGUUUUUGGGAAGAAUUCAUUCACAAUAGUCAGAGUAAUUGGAGUUGUCAGAAGUGCAGAAGAGCGAGAAGGUGGACAGUCUGUCGAGUACAAGAUCGCAGAUGAUUCCAGCAGUGAUGAGCAAUUUACUGUGAUCCAUUACAGAGGAGUGACUUCCAGUGAUACUACUGUUGAAUCCUUUGUUGAGGGAACGGCAGUGGCUGUUGUUGGCAAGCUGAGGACAUUUGAUGAACGGUUGACAAUAGUUGCUUAUGACGUUCGAGAAGUGGAGGACAAAGAGGAACAUGAAGCUUUUCGCCUUGAAGCAGAGUUAGCAAGAUUGUACUAUACGAAGGACAUUAUCGAGAAGGUCAGAGCCAACCCUGCUCAUUUUGAAAACACGAUUCUUUGUGGAAUUCGUGGGGAUGGAAAUCCUCAACAGAGUGGGGCGUCAUCUGCAUCUCCAUGGGGUCAGGGUUCUCAAGCGACAUUCCAAAAAAAUGGACUUGAGAAUGCAAAAGGGCUUGAUGGACAGAGAGCUGCGGUUUAUAAGUAUCUUAAUGAUGUUGGGGGUGCAGAUGGCGCUAGUUUAGACGAUAUAAAACGAAAUAUACCUAGAAACGUGUAUAAUCAGAAGACGUUUGCCGCCGAUCUUGAAUCCCUUCUCUCUGAAGGGCACAUUUAUUCCACUAUUGAUGACGAACAUUUUGCGGCCAACUGA